CCGCCGUGCUCCCUCUCCCCUCUGGAGUGGUGGAGGGGGGGUGGGUGUGAGGUUCUGUAGUACAUCUUGAGAAGAAGGCAGCGUGCAGGAGUUCGCCGGCAGGAGCAGGGCGGCCGAGGGUUUUGGAGCAGGCAGCGGUUGGAGAGGCUGGUGAAGGAUGGUGAUGCUGCUGCUCUGUAGGCUGCGUGACAUCCGGACACAAUCCUGCCUGUCCUCGACAUGAGCCUCGCAGGAAGGUUGUCCUGCUCCAUGCUCAGCUGCUUUGGUGAAGAAGGGCCCCCCAGUCUGGAGUACAUCAAGGCUAAAGACUUGUUCCCCCAGAAGGAACUGGUGAAGGAAGAUGAAAGUCUUCAGGUGCCAUUCCCAGUUCUUCAGGGGGAAGGAGUGGAAUAUCUUGGCAGUGCAGAUGAAGCUGUCAUCGCCAUUUCUAACUACAGGCUCCACAUCAAAUUCAAGGACUCGGUCAUCAACGUGCCGCUCAGGCUGAUCGAAAGUGUGGAAGGCAGAGAGAUGUUCCAGCUGCACAUCAUCUGCAAAGACUCAAAAGUUGUCAGAUGCCAUUUUGCAACGUUCAAGCAGUGCCAGGAGUGGGUAAAGCGUCUGAACCGGGCCAUAGCCCACCCAUCCAGGCUGGAGGACCUGUUCGCCCUGGCGUACCAUGCGUGGUGUUUGGGAGGCAGCGCAGACGAUGAAGACCAGCACGCUCAUCUCUGUCGCCCAGGGGAUCACGUGCGUCACAGAAUGGAAAUGGAGGUCAAGAGGAUGGGCUUCGACACGCAGAACGUUUGGAGAGUGUCCGACAUCAACUGCAACUACAAGUUGUGCUCGAGCUACCCACAGAAGCUCCUGGUUCCAAUAUGGAUCACUGAUAAGGAGCUGGAGAGUGUGGCUUCCUUCAGGUCCUGGAAGAGGAUCCCUGUCGUGGUCUACAGACACCAGAAGAACGGAGCAGUGGUUGCUCGUUGCAGCCAGCCUGAGAUCAGCUGGUGGGGCUGGAGGAACACCGAUGACGAGUACCUGGUGACGUCCAUCGCUAAGGCCUGUCACAUGGACACUGGAGCUAAAGGGACGGCAGCCAGCCGACAGCGAGGGGAAGCUCCUGAUUCUUGUGACAGUGAUUUUGACUCGUCUCUGACGGGCGUCUCUGGCUGUGAUGACAGCACGGUCCCAAAGAAGCUUCUGAUUCUGGACGCUCGCUCGUACACGGCUGCAGUGGCCAACAGAGCCAAGGGUGGAGGCUGCGAAUGUGAGGAGUACUACCCCAACUGUGAGAUAAUGUUCAUGGGAAUGGCCAACAUCCACGCCAUCCGCAACAGCUUCCAGGCUCUGAGGGCCGUCUGCAGUCAGAUCCCAGAUCCAGGAAACUGGCUGUCGGCUCUGGAGAGCACCCGUUGGCUGCAGCACCUGUCCGUCAUGCUGAAGGCAGCCACUCUGGUGUGUUCAGCGAUGGAGUGGGAAGGCCGGCCUGUCCUGGUACACUGCUCAGAUGGGUGGGAUCGCACUCCCCAGAUAGUAGCCUUGGCCAAGAUUCUGUUGGACCCCUACUACAGGACAUUAGAGGGGUUCCAGGUGCUCGUGGAGACCGAAUGGUUGGACUAUGGUCAUAAGUUUGGGGACCGGUGUGGUCACCAGGAGAACACAGACGAUGUGAGCGAGCAGUGUCCCGUCUUCCUGCAGUGGCUGGACUGUGUUCACCAGCUGCUCAAGCAGUUCCCCUGCCUGUUUGAGUUCAACGAGGCCUUCCUGGUCAAGCUGGUGCAGCACACAUACUCGUGUCUUUACGGCACGUUUCUGUGCAACAAUGCUCGUGAGAGGGAGGCGAAGAACAUCUACAAACGCACCUGCUCUGUGUGGUCCCUGCUGCGGACGGGAAACAAGAACUUCCAGAACUUCCUCUACGUCCCUGGCCAUGAUGUGGUGCUGCAGCCAGUCUGUCAUACUCGGGCGCUCCAGCUGUGGACAGCUGUUUACCUGCCCACCUCCUCCCCCUGCACUGCAGUGGAGGAGUCUGUGGAGCUCUACCUGUCUCCCUGCGCCACAGGAGACGAGCUCACGUCGCGCUCUCUGGACAGGCUUCCCAAGACUCGCUCCAUGGACAACCUGCUGUCAGCUCUGGAGAACGGGCUGCCUCUGACGCGGACGUCCAGUGACCCCAACCUCAAUAAGCACUGCCAGGAGGGUCGCGCUGUGCUGGAGAGCCCCGCUGCUGUGGACGACUCCUCGUGUGCAGGCAGCUCGGAGGACGUCACGCCUGACACCCUGCUGGAGGACCAGUCCUUCAAUCAGGGUCCUGACAAGAACUUGGAGUGUGUCCCAGAAGUGGAGGCUUCUGAAGACAGACUGGUGGAGCCUUGUCUUACCACACAGCCCCUGCCGUCUCCACCUCUCCCCUCUGUUUCUGCCAGUACAAGCGACACACACUCACACACUGCCUCUCCCACUCCAGUCCUCUACCAAGCUUUGCCACAGAUCACAAACCCUCCACUCCCACCACCUCCACUGAAGGAGGCUGAGAGCCCCUGUAGGACUGCUGAGAGCCCCACGUCACCGACCCAUAGUUCAGAGCCAUGCUUACCUCUGCCCUGCAAGAACGUUCAACCUGCAACCAACACCCCCACCUCACUGCUUAAUGGACUCUGUGAUGGUCAGACAAACAGCCUCCCAGAACCUGUCAUCCUGCCGGUCCUGAAGCAGCAGACUCCCAUGGAGGACUCCACUGAGACUCUCACAGAUGAGGGAGAGGAUCCCCACACCUCACCUGCUGCUGUCACUCAGCUCCUUCCCCAGAGCCACGUUAGUGAGGAGGAGGAGGAGGAGGAGGAGCCACAAGUUCCCUCCCAGAAAGAGAAAGAGACCCUGAGGACGGAUGUAGUGAAGGGCAGAGAGCGGAUGUUGACGGGUUCAGUGGACUACACCCAGGUACCCACUCGCCCUCUGACCUCUCAGAGUCCGCUCUCGGACCUGUCCCUGCUCGGCUCUCACUGGGACUCUGUCCAGGGUCUGGUCCAGUCUGCCUGCAGCCAUGCUGGUGUCAUCCGGGCCCUGCAGCCCAACACCUACCAGGGCCGCCGUCUUGCCAGUAAACUCUUGCGUGCACAGGGCCCCAGCACUGCCGCGGGGCCCCAGUGCUGCCGCAGGGAGGCUCUGUGUUGUCCCAGCAGCCCCCUGCAGGCCGGGUGGGUGCCUGCUUCCAGGGGCUUCAACGGUCUGUGCGGCCCCACCGCUGCUGCCCUCAGCAACUACUCUCUGGCGGGCCACCUGUUUCUGCCUGGGCCCUAUUCCUCACCGUCUGCUUCAAGCUCCUCACCCCCGCCCCAGACUCCCGCUUACCUCGAUGACGACGGGUUGCCAGUGCCGCUGGACGCCGUGCAGCAGAGACUGCGUCAGAUCGAAGCUGGUUACAAGCAGGAGGUGGAGGUGCUGCGGCAGCAGGUGCGACAGCUGCAGAUGAGACUAGAGAGUAAACAGUAUGACACCCCUCCCUCCGAGCCAGACGUCGACUACGAGGACGACAUUACGUGUCUGCGGGAGUCGGACAACAGCAACGAGGAGGACUCUCUGUCCACCCACAGUGAGGACCGUCUGUCUGAGGGGAGCUGGGACCGAGUGGAGCGCAGGGACACCGAGGUCACGAGAUGGGUGCCCGAUCACAUGGCCUCCCACUGUUUCCACUGUGACUGUGAGUUCUGGAUAGCCAAGAGACGUCAUCACUGCAGGAACUGUGGGAACGUGUUCUGUAAAGACUGUUGUCAUCUGAAGCUCCCCAUCCCGGACCAGCAGCUGUACGACUCGGUGUUGGUGUGCAACACCUGCCACGACCUGCUCCUCGAGUCCCGCACCCGCGAGAUCCGCAGCCAGCAGCUCAAGAAGGCCAUCGCCACCGCCUCCAGCUGAGAGGCACGCUGCCAGGAGUGGCCCGGCUCGGUUCUGUUUCGCUCAUUUCAGACCAGUGGGCCGAGCGUCGUGUUGGAGCCUCGACCCGCUGUCGUUCAGGCUGUGAGGUGACGAGGAUGCGCUUCUCUGUGAAGAGACUGGAAGGAGCUGCUGUGAGCUGGAGGCAGGUAGUGGAGGAGGUUCUGGUUCCUGUAGAACCAAAGACAUUUCUCAGCCCGGAGUGCUGCAGCGUCCUGCUGCCCCCCCCAAACCCCCACGACUCUGUCUAACAGCGUCCUGUCCGAAACCACCUGUCCACCCACUGUCCUGCUCUUCAGAGGACAAUCGCUCCGUUCCCCAUGAGUCGGGCGCUCUGAAGCCUCCACCUUCACUACUGGAGCUUCUCAACUU